AUGCAUGUUCGCCAUUUCGGCUCAAGUGUCCAGCGCCCAGCCCCCCGCUUUUUCUUGCUUGCGAACUACGACAAUUUGUGCGUUAUCAUGCGCAGCUUUCCAUUCGCUUUGGUGCUGGUCUGUGGAGCGACCCGCCUGGAGGAGAUAGAGAAUGACACGAGCGGGGAAGCAGGGCCCAUGACUUGUUGCCUCAUGGAUCCGGUGCUGGAACUGGAGAGCCUGUCAGUGUCUGCCAUAGAUCCGCAGCAUGGGGAUGUGACUCAGUGCCGCGUCACCACCGCCUUGGUCUGCGGCAGCCACGAGGAGUGCGAAGAGAAAUGCAAGAACGACAUCAAGGCCAACCUGCUGACCCUGAAGCUCCUCACGCCCUUGCGGCGGGAAGAGCAGGGGGAGGCCGGGCAGGCGCUCACCGCGGCGAAAGCUGCGCUGCGCCAGGCCCAACAGGCGCUAGACCUCGCCCAGGACAAGGCACUAGCCUUCGAGGAAAACCGCGUGGCUGCGCAUCGCCUGCUUUGUCACCAUGAGUGCGCUGACGCCAACGCCACUGUUGGCAUUGGGCAUGAUGAGCGCCAGAAUUGCACGUUGAAUUGCCGAAGGAAGUUGAUGCUGAAGAUCAGCCGCUGCGACAACCUUGCUCGCGAGGCCAUUCGGCCGAGGGCCAUAGGCUUAGACGUCGCGGCAACUUGCCCCAGGAGAUUCGCCUUCACGCCGGCUUUGGCAGGAGAUGCGCCGGACUACUUGGAGGUCUUGCAGGACAAGUUCGGCGAGAAGCCCAUGCACAAAGUCAUGAAGGUUGCCGACCAGAUGAAGGUGCUCGGAAGCAGGUCUCACGCGGUCAUGAUCUACUUUUACUUCGAGCACGCCUCGUGCAAGAAGAUGAAGCAAGCCAUCGAGCUGCUCUACCGUCAGAGGCAACACGACUCAAGGUUCAUGGACAGAGCGAGCCAGCCCACGGACGACGGACCUCUUCUGAAGGGCCCGAUCCAGCCAACUUCAACGAAGGCCAAGAAGGACGAGGCGGACGCCAAGUACUCAAAUUGCACCAGUCGGGUCAAGGAGGCUGCGCGCAGGGAGUCCAAGGCCGAGAAGCGCUCCGUUUCGCCUGUGGGUAUUUGCGGAGGUGGCGAUUGCUGCUGCAGCUUCGUGGAGGGCAGCGUGGCGACUCCGCUGCUGGUGAGUGCCAGCACCUUUGGCAGCUGGGGCAAGUGCAAGCUGAUCAGGCCCUAUGCCAGGAGUGGGUUUUCGUUUUGCCGCACCUACAAUACCGAGUGCCCCAAUUGCCGGAAGCUGGUUUGUGCCAACAACGGCGCUGGCAGCUGCAACUGGGACGGAAGGUGCACCCAGAAAAGCGUCCUACUUGGAUCGCCAGAUGACGGGAAGAUCUGGCAGCAGGCGAUGUUUAUCCCGCUCGCCAGGAUCGUGGAGAUGGUACACCUGCGGAUCCGCGACGUGGUGAGUGCCGAGGUGGGUCAGGACUAUGCGCUGGACUUCUGCUGUGCGGUGCGGUUCUCGGGCUUCGUCCAGGCCAUUGCCCGCUUGGCGAUGCACUUCAGAACUUUGCAAGUCCACCGCGGCACGAUGCACGAGUCCGUGCUGAGCCGCCUCAAAGCUUUGGACAAGUUCGUCUUGGAGGUGGAGGCCAAGUAUCGCUCCAAUCGCGUGUCGCUGCGCCUCUUGGCGGAAGAGGCCCGGCGGCUCCUGGACCGCACCGCCCGGGAGACGGAGCUGCGGAGCGCGGCCCGCGCCUGCCUUCAGGAGGUGAAAGGCCGGAAGAAAGUGGUGGAGUCCCACAUCGCGGCGGUGGACGCCAAGUACGGCGCUGAGCUGGAGCGCGCGCUGAACGCCGCCUGCAGCUCCUUGAGGCAGCUGAAGCAGCUGGACAGGUGCCAUUUCCAGAACCUGGCACAGUAUCGGCACAUGCCGGCAGCUCUGGUGCGAGUGCUGGGGGCAGCCAAAGCCAUGCUCCUGCACAUUGAGGAGCCUUCCGACGGCGCGCCGGUCUUAACCCGCGCCGUGCCGAAGCACGCCUUGGCCGCGGCCACCGCGGCGGCGGCCGGGCCAAUCGGCAUACCCCAGGAGCGCCCGCGGAUGUUCGACUGGGCGAAGACACUCGCUGCUGCCGAGACGCUGGACACUCUCAGUGCGGCUGCGGCUGGGCAAGCCUUGCCAGGCUGGCUAGCGGAGGUUCUUGAGAAGUUCCUGGCGUGUCCGGAUUGCGAGGCCUCCCAGCUUUGGGCGAUGAGCCCGGCAGCGGCGCGCAUCUCGCAGUGGCUGCGAGCGCGCCUGGCCUGCCACCGGGUCUUAAUGCGGAUGGAAGACGAGCGCCAGAGCAUGGGGGAUCUCUCCUCGCAACUUGUGGAGGUCAACGCCUCCUUGGCCACUGCCAAAGCGGAGCUCCGGCGCGCCGAGCGAGCGCUGGAAGACCUGGAGGCAGCUCAUUUGGCAACGGUGCAGCAGCGUCAGACCUUGGGCCGCAGCGAGACAUCCUUGCAGCUUCAGCUGGAGCGCGCGCAGCAGGUGCUGGAGAUUGCAGCACCACGCCGUCGAGAAUGCCAGGUGCUGGUGCCCGAAAUCCUGGAAUCCGAAGAAUCCCCUGCGCAGUGGGGAGCCAUUCUCACCAUCGCGGUGCUGAGCUGCUACGGCGCCGCCUUCGGCCCGGCGCUGCGGCUGCCCGUCAUGAAGGAGCUGCAGCAGGUGCUGCAAGACUGUGGGGUGCCAACUCCACCGAAUCUCUUCACCAGCGCCUACCUUCAGCACUUCCUGCCCCGUUCCUUCCUGGAGGCCUACCGCUGGCCGGACUGCAAUCUCUUCCAAAGCGCGCUGGCCACCGAAGUGCGCUUCGGCCGCGAGGAAAAAAGUGGACUAGCCUUCGACCUGCGGAGCAGUCUUUGCACGCUGAUGCUGGACCCCUUCGGCAUCGCCACUGAUUGGCUGAAGGCGCUGGGGGCGGCUCCUGGGGGCAAAUUGUGCCAGCUGAAAAUGGAACCGCUGGGCCAGGGUCUGCCAAAGUGA